AUGAUUGCUCAACAACAACAAGCUACUACUACUGCUGCAGCUGUACCAGUGACACCAAGAUACCAAACAUCGGUACUGUUCUCAAUCAGUGACAAGAUUGGUGGACUUAACGAGUACCUUGAGGUGAUCAAGAACCACAAGCUCAACAUUACUCGUAUUGAAUCUCGUCCAUCCAAGACUGAGAAGUACGACUAUGACUUCUUCAUGGAUCUGGCCUCCGAUGAUGCCAACACCAACAACAUUGACGACGUCAUCGCUGAGCUCAAGAGCAAGGGUGUCGAGACCACCGUCCUCACUGAGACCAAGCAGCAACAGCCACAGGCAAACACCAUCCCAUGGUUCCCAAGAAAGAUCUCUGACUUGGACCUGUUCUGCAACAAGGUGUUGGAGAUGGGAUCGGAGCUAUCCUCUGACCAUCCAGGCGCCACUGACCCAGUAUACAUCCAGAGACGUAAGGAGAUUGCCCAGAUCGCAGCAGUCUUUAAGUACGGCGAUAAGAUCCCACAUAUUGAGUACUCUGAGGAGGAGAUCAAGACAUGGGGCGUCGUCUUUAGAAAGCUCAAGGAGAUCUAUCCAACACAUGCCUGUCGUCAGCACCGCUACGUGUUCCCCUUGCUCGAGCAGAACUGUGGAUUCUCCGAGACCAACAUCCCACAGCUGCAAGACAUCUCUGAGUUCCUGACAGAGUGCACCGGCUUCCGUCUAAGGCCUGUGCAAGGACUGCUAUCAUCACGUGACUUUUUGAACGGUUUGGCCUUCCGUGUCUUCCACGCCACCCAAUACAUCAGACAUCACUCUGUUCCCCUGUACACUCCAGAGCCUGAUGUAUGCCACGAGCUGUUAGGUCACGUGCCAUUGUAUGCUGAUCCGGACUUUGCAGACUUUAGUCAGGAGAUUGGUUUGGCAUCGCUCGGUGCUUCUGAUGAGGACAUUGUUAGACUUUCAACGUGCUACUGGUUCACAGUGGAGUUUGGCCUGUGCAAGGAGGGUGACUCGGUUAGAGCGUAUGGCGCUGGCCUGCUGUCAUCGUUUGGUGAGCUGGACUACUGUCUGUCGGACAAGCCAGAGAAGAGACCAUUCGACCCGUUCGUCACCUGCAAGCAGGAGUACCCCAUCACCCAGUACCAGCCCACGUACUUUGUUGCUGAGAGUUUCCAGAGUGCCAAGGAGAAGAUGAGAGCGUUUGCCGAGUCGCUCGAGAAGCCAUUCAGUCUCCGCUACAACCCCUACACGCUCUCCAUCGAGAUACUGGACAACAAGGACAAGUUGAUUGGCCUGUGCAACCAGAUCAAGGCACAGACCAACAAUCUUGCCUCGGCCAUCUCAAAGUUGAACGUUAACUAA